UCUUUAUGGGCAUUAUUGUUAUGACAGGUUUAAUCCCCUUGUUGAUAUUUCCUCUCAGCUGUGUAAUCUUCAGUUUUCUCAUGGCUACUCCUCUUAGAUUUAUUGAAAAGUCAAACUGUACACCCGGUACUGUAUGGGUGGAUCUUUUGUCCGUCUGCAGCUGAGGACAUUGAUAACCUGUCUGACCUCAGCAGGGGGUGAGGCUCAGGGCCGGAGCAUGAAUAGGCCUUUAGAAAACGCUGGUGCGAUGGGGAGGCUGCUGACUCAGGGGGCUCACAGCGCGCUGCCCCAGUCCUCAGCCACUCGCGGACCCAGUCUGGACUCCAAACUCUACAGAGAGCAUGUUAGCUUCCUAGCACACACCAAAAAAAAAAAAAAAACCUUGUGCUUCCGGGUGUGGAGAAACGAGACAGAAUCAAGGCGUUUCAGAUGCAGAGCGGAGUGGUGCUUAAUGACGAACCCAGCAAAAAAAAUAAGGAUGGCCAGACGCGGGAGCAGGACUACUCUUCUGAAAGCCAUUCCAGAAUUCGUUUCGCAACAUUCCAGUAUAAGAUGAGCUACCGGCGAGUGGGGAAGUGCAUCAUCAUCAACAACAAAAACUUUGAUGAAAACACGGGGAUGAAUGUUCGCAAUGGGACGGACCGGGACGCAGGUGAGCUGUUUAAGUGCUUCAGGAGCCUGGGCUUUGAAGUCGUCAUUCAUAACGACCAGACAUGCGAGAAGAUGGAGAAUCUUCUCAAACAAGCCUCAGAGGAAGACCACAGCGACAGCUCGUGUUUCGCUUGCAUUUUGCUGAGUCACGGUGAGGAAGGCAUGAUCUACGGCACAGAUGCAGCCAUGCCCAUCAAGACCAUCACCUCGCUGUUCAGGGGGGACAAGUGCAAAAGCUUAGUCGGGAAGCCAAAACUUUUCUUCAUCCAGGCUUGUCGAGGUUCUGAAUUUGAUGAAGGUAUCCAGACAGAUUCAGGUCCACCAAACGACACCCUGGAGACCGAUGCAAAUCCAAGACAUAAAAUCCCUGUUGAGGCAGAUUUUCUGUUUGCAUACUCCACUGUGCCAGGAUAUUACUCAUGGAGGAACCCGGGCCGCGGAUCCUGGUUCGUCCAGGCGCUCUGUAACGUCCUCAGCGAGUUCGGCAAGCAGCUGGAGAUAAUGCAGAUCCUAACGCGGGUCAACUACAUGGUGGCCACCAGUUUCGAGUCCUGGUCGGAGGACCCGCGUUUCAGUGAGAAGAAACAGAUUCCCUGUGUGGUCUCCAUGCUGACCAAAGAACUGUACUUCAACUGAUAUCCUGCCUGUACUGUAAGACAGAGACUCACUGACUGACCAGACUGACUCGACCGGCUGUUGCAGGCGAUGCGCAAGCAGUCGAAGCAUUCAGGGAUGAUUCAGGCCCGACAGGACCCAGCGCAUUUAGAGCAUGCCACUUUGUCUACGUGUGAAGUUGGGCCUGAUGACAAUCAAAAAUAACACUCUGAGUUCAUGUGUUUACAGUAAAACCUCCUCUUCAGACUCCCCCUUGAAAUACUAGUCACAUUUAAGCCGAUUGUUGUCGACAGACAUUGUGAAUUAUAUAUGUUUGAUCUACCGACCCAUAAAAUUAGCUGCCAGUUUUUAUGGGUUGGUGGAAUCAUAUCUGAAUAUGUGUUUCUCCAUUUUACAGCACUUAUUUGUCAAGACAUAUAACAUUUUUUUAGCUAAUUAGCCCACCUAAUGAAUUAAAAAAACAACUACUACUACUCUUGUGGAUCUGUUUGUAGCUAACAUUAGCAUUAGCAUGCAGUCAAAAAGACUUUCAAACAGUUAAAAACACACAUUUAAAUACACUUCACUAAAACAUGCAAAGCAUUAGUGUUUCACACUUAUAGUUUAAGGCUUUUAUGAUUAAUUAAAGCAUUAAUGACAAUUAAUACUUUAAUUAUGAUUAAAGCAUAAUUAACCAAAAUUAAUGCUUUAAUUAUGAUUAAAGCAUUAAUUAUGAUGAAUAAAAUACAAAAAACUUUCAAGCAUGUUUCUACAACCCCUAGUGACCUUUAAUUAACUCUACAGUGUAACUGAAUGUUGUGAUUUAUUAGACAGUAACUGAGGAUUUUAAAUCUCUACUGAUUAUAAAUGUAUUAAAUUACUAUAUAUUCUUGGAUCGAUCAAAGAUUAAGGAUAUAUUUACGGUUAAAAUGACAGGAAAUGAGAGCUUUAGGAUUGUUCUCACAUCAAAAUCAAUGUUUUUAUUUCCAAAGGCAGUUGAAAAGGCUAGUUUUUGCUGUUCUUCUGGUUUUUUAUUUAUUUUAAUUUAAAUUUCAGCUUUGAAUUUGCACAACAGAAGGACUAUAAUAGUUCAAAGAUUGUUUUUUUUUAUAUAUAUUAUUUAGCUCUAAACUACGUGUUUCAGCUGCUCUAAUGAGCUCUAAUAUACAGCUUUAUUUUUUAACGGGUCAUAUUAUUCAGCAUCAUUACAAUAGUUGAACAAAAAUUGACUCUUAAAAAGCUGCAGUAUGUACCGUUUAUUAAAAAAUAUAUAGUUUUUACAUAUUUUGUGAAAUUAUCAUUAUGUUUUGACUGUAAAAUUUGAGACAAUCUAGUUCCCCUACUUUCUCCCAGUGUUCCCAGUACCAGCUGUAGAAAUACACCGCUCCGUCAGAAACAACCAAUCAGAGCCAGGAGGAGGGUUUUAGCGCUGUCAAUCACUCAUGUUCACCCCCUGGUCCACCACAACACAGCCUGCCACGAGUGCUAAUGCUAGCUAGCAUAGCCACCAAUUAUGGCGGAUAUGUGGUUUUUCUGAAACCGUAAGUUGUUUCUCUGCCAUUAGUACAUUUAGCAGCAAGUAUAUGAGGAUGAUUGACAGCGCUAAGACCUUCCUCCUGGCUCUGAUCAGUUGCUUUUACUGCAGUUGUACGAUUGCGCUGUCUUAACUUGGUGACAGUUUUAAUAAAUAUGGAAAAAACAUCUUUUUGUAAGCUACAUACUGCAGCUUUAAGGGAAACACACAUAACUGGCAAAGUAACGUUUACAGCCUGAAUAAUUUCUGCACAUAAUUUUAUUUAGUUGAAAAUUUUCAGUUUGUAUUUGCUAAAGUGAAUGUCAAGUUUGAACAGAUCCCAGGAGAUUGGCCAGAAACACCUCCCAGCAAAAAUAAUCAUAAACUGACUUAGACAAAUAAUUUGGAACGACCGUCUAGAUCAGGAAAAUGGAGCAGAUCAUUUUCAGAUGUGAAUGUUUUUAAAGUUUCAGCUGUCAGAUUUAGUAGCAGUCAAUUAAGAAAAGCUUAAACUCCUCCGACUGCAGCAUUGUUACAACGCUCAACAUCUCAGCCUUUCCUGUAACUAAGUUGGUAGCAACAUGCUAGCAUCCUCAGGUUCCUCACUGUCCCAUCAGAUGUCAUGUUUAAUCUCUCACCUACAUGUGGAGGAUUAGGAGGCGUGAUAUUUUGCUGUGUAGUGAUUUUGUUCUAACUUUGAGUCGAGCAUGAAGCACAAACAGUUUAGCUGCCAUCUUGUUCAAACCCAAAUAAGUGAGAUUUGUUUAAUUAAUUAGCAUUAACCUGUUCAUCUAUUUAUUCAAAAGGGCCCAAGAAAUUAGUUAGGUAAUUUUUCUAUUAUUAUUAUUAUUUUAUAGCAUUAUAUUUUAUUUAUCACCAAAAAGGCCAUUCAGAAUGACUAAGCAUUUGAACCGGACCGGGACCUGGAGCACACUUCACAUCAUUUCACUGUAUAUUAGUGUUGUACUCCGUCUUCACUUACACUGUUUUGUAGUUUACAGAUAUUUUUAGCGAAAACAAAAAAACUACAAAAAAACAAUUUUGAAGCAUUUGUACACUUUGAGAGUGUUUAAAAUAAGCAUCAAGAAUUGAUUGUUAUUGGUAAAAUAAAUAUUUAAAUACAUAAACAUGACAUUUGUUGGUUGUUAAAGUCACAGCGGCAGCUAUUACUGGCCAAUAACUAACCUAUAUUUACACAAUCCACUUUUCCACAAUAUGCACUCUUGUUUUUUGCUUUAUUAUUACUCUUUGUGAUUGCAUGUAUUGGUAAAAAUGAUGGUGGAAGGAAAUCAUAUGUGCUUUUAUUAUUCUGCUUUUCUCUUUUCCUCUGUAAUGUGUAUUUAUUUUGAUAUCAUUAGCAUAAAUGCUACAUGUGUGCAAUCAGUGCAGUUCUUGGACCUCUGAUCAGUGAUUUGGUGUCAGGACUGAGCUGGAGCGAAUGCUUGUUCCCCUUGUUUUGAAAUGAAAACUUAACAAAAACAACUUUAAUAAGAUGUUUGUUUAAAUGCUUUCCAGAUUUUAAAUGCUGUGUUCCUCAGGAAUAUAUUUUAAAAGAUUUGAAUUUAAAUGCAUAAUUUGGUCAAGUUUUUUGGACAAUUCAUUGUUUAAAUAACUUGAAAUCAGAGGAAUGCUUCUGUAAUUAAACAUGAAUUUAUGGUGUAA